UUGCUGCCUGAGGCUUCGCAUGUAGUAGUUUAGCUUUCCCAAAGGUACGACCACCGUUGCGUGCUCGAAUUGUGAUGAAACUCGAUGGGAAAGCGUUAUGCUCGCUGACCAGAAGAUGAAGACCAGUAUUCUUCUUGUUAGCUUCCUGCCUUCCAAAACUGACGUGCCAAGGAAGCCAACAACAGAAACUUGCCAAUAUCUCACAUGUAUCUUGGGAGGUCACCCACAGAUCAAUACCCCUUUGCAACUCGCAAACGAGAACCAGCAGAGACAGGGAAAUGGGCCCAUCGACCGAUCUGCUGCAGGAGGAAUAAAGGUGAGGAACUCUCUUAAAUUUGGGUUAUCACUCCACCCGGCUAAGGACACUCUGAGCCCCUUGUCCCUGUCGCCCCGGAGGCCAAGCCCUCUGCAUCUGGAAUCGGCGAGGCUCCUGGGGUUAAGGCGGAGGACCGGAGUCGCUGGAUCCUGGGCACGUCGUAAACUGUUGGCCAGGGUUGGGCAGGACGAUGGAGGGGGAGUAUGGUGGUGGGAUUUGACACCCGUCAGGGAUGACUGGUUAGCCGCAAGGCGGAUUCGACGUUGGGUGGGAGCCGUGCCGCUGACUGGUGGUUGGAGCGCCAAUGGCCGGAGGGAAAACAACGGGGGAUCUCCAGUGGUCGGUGGAAAGUCUGCUCACCAACGCGAGAAGGGCCACUGGGGCCGGCACUCCGUGGAGCUGCUCAAGUGAGCCGCCCACUAUGCGCUGACGCGACCGCGUGAUUGGCAGCGGCCCCUGGCUUUGACGCCUGUCAAUGCUACCGGGUCGAGGCCA